AUGUCCGCCUCUCCUUCCCCUAAUUUCUCCUUUUGCUUCCCCUCAUGUCCGCCUCUGCUUCCCCGCAUUUACCCCGCUGCUUCCCCCCGUUUCCCCCUCUGCUCUCAUCAUUCCCCCCCUGCUUCCCCUCAUUCCCCCCCCCCCCCUCCUUCCCCUCAUUUCCCCCACUGCUUCCCCUCAUUUCCCUCUCUGCUUCUCCUCAUUUCCCCCCCUGCUUCCCCUCAUUUCCCCCUCCGCUCCUCCUCAUUCCCCCCUCCGCUUCCCCACAUUCCCCCCUCCGCUUCUCCUCAUUCCUCCCUCCGCUUCUCCUCAUUCCCCCCUCCGCUUCUCCUCAUUCCCCCCUCCGCUUCUCCUCAUUCCCUCCUCCGCUUCUCCUCAUUCCCCCCUCCGCUUCUCCUCAUUCCCCCCUCCGCUUCUCCUCAUUCCCUCCUCCGCUUCUCCUCAUUCCCCCCUCCGCUUCUCCUCAUUCCCCCCUCCGCUUCUCCUCAUUCCCCCCUCCGCUUCUCCUCAUGCCUUCCCAUGCCUCCCCAUGCCUUCCCAUACCCCCCCAUGCAUCCCCAUGCCUCCCCAUGCCUCCCUCCGUGCACCCCCUUCAUCGCCUGCAUCAUGUCUUGCCCCCAUCAGGUGGUGGACGAGGCGGACCAGCUGCUGCACCAGUUCUACCACGACUGGCUGCCGCUCACCCUCGCCUCCCUUGCGGCUGCCCCUUCCGAUGCCACUGCUGCCACGUCAGCAGUCACCGGCAUGCAUGCUGACAUGGCAGUGAGCGUGCCGGUUCUGUGCGACGUCAUGCAUGCACAUGGCGGUGGCAGCAUGAGCGGUGUUCUCCCCACUCCAUUCAUCCACGGCCUGCAAUCUCUCCCUCAGCCGUCACUGGAUGCUAUGCGCUGCUGCUAUAUGCCGCUGCUACGUGCCCGUGCCUUGUGGCUGCUAUGUGCAUCUGACCUGCAGUCACCUGAGUGA